UGUAACAAAUGGCGCCCGAAACAAGGACCGCGUAAGUCCCGAGCCAAGGACCACGUAAGUCCCGAGCCUGCAUAGAAGGGGACGUUGAAGGGGUCAGACCUCUCUCGCAGAGGAGGUGAUCAUAAGGACAUUACCUGCAACAUGUCCCGGAUCCCUGGUGUCGUAUAGACGAGCCUGACUGUUACGUGCUGCCGAUUCCUUGAAGAGUUGCAAAGGCGCGCCUAGAUAAGGUCCUGCUUGGAUCCCUGCCCGGUGGGUCAAACCAGCUGUUAAUGUGGACACUGCGCAUAACUCCGGAACAGGAGAAAGCUCUGGAGGAGAAGAUCCAACGGACGAUACAGCGCAAAUUACCUUCACUUGAAGCUUUGUGGCCUGGUAUAGGACAAUACAUUUACAAGGAUCCGCAAGAAUCACUUCAAGAUUGGGAACGUAAAGUUGAUUAUGUUUUGUUUGAUGAAGAUUUUACCCCUCGUGUUGGUAGACAUUGUCAUAUGAAUUGUAGAGAUUUAUCUAUAGUUUAUUGUAGUAUUUGUAACGUUUAUAGUGUUCGAUCACAUUCUAGAAACGAAUCUAUUAAUUGUCUUCCCUGUUGGUUAUCAUUUGUAGCAACUUCCUUUCCUACACAAAUAGCUAUCACCUUUCACUUACAAUCUCCAGAAGAUCAAGAAAGUUUUUACACUCUUCAUGAGUGUCCUGACCAACAGGCUUUAGCAGUAGUACGUUUCACAUUAGAUUGUCUUAAAAAAGGACUGCAAUUACGCUUGGCACAAAAACUUAUUGAUUCACAAUGUGGCCUCUUCAGACCACCUGUACACUCUUCUGGGCAAUACUUUUUAUAAUUUCUAAUAACUCUGCUGAUGCUACUUUGUCCAUUGACUCCAGAGAGAAUAUCUGGGUAACCUGGGCACAACAAACCAAUCAGACCGAUCUUUGCCUCUCACUUAAUCAGGCUAACAACCCAUUUCGUACCUGCCUAAUCGGUUAUCCCUAUUUUCAAUGGCAGGAUUGGAAAAACUUUACAACAGUCAAUAGAACUACCAUACAAAUCGCCUUAAAGAAUUGGAAAACAAACAACCAUGUAAAAUGCAUUACAAAUCUCACUAGUACCCAAAAUGCUUUUGAACUAUUCUUAGUACUUAGCAAUCUUACUCAGAAUGCUAUCCUCCCGCUCCAAGAACUAGAUCUUAUGGGAUCCUUCUCUCCCUAUGGUCCUCUUGUAAACUUUACAGAAAAAUAUAACUGUUCUCCGUCAUACAGUCUUGAUGCAGACAACGGUACAGGAGCUGUCUUGUUUAAUGUUAGAUACGCAUUUGAUAAUCCUGCAUUCUACAGACUUAAACAAGCUGUUAGUGCUUCCAGAUCAGGGCAGUGGUCAAAUGCAUCUCUCACUUAUGGCACUGAAGAAGUCACCACCUUAGGUAACUUUCGAUUUCCUCUGGGAUACUUCCUCAUUUGUGGUGAUAGAGCCUGGCCAGGUAUCCCAGAAAAUCCAUGGGGAGGACCAUGCUAUGUUGGUAAGCUAACAAUGUUUACUCCUACAUACAGAAACCUAAUCACUAAUGCUUACAAUUGCACCCAUUUCAAACGCACCAUUCACGGUAUUGGUCCCGAUUGCAACUCACGUGUAGAAAUCUCAUCAAUAGGUGCUGCAGUUACCAUGUCCUUCUUUGUUCCAGGUGUAAUGGCUGCCCUAAUUGGUGUAACAUCAAAAAUCUCACUUGUUUCGCAGUCCAAGAGUUCAAUGUUACCUCUAACAUCUUAGAUGCAUUACUACAUGAUGUAGAUAGCGUCAGACAUGCAGUCCUACAAAACCGUGCUGCUAUUGAUUUUCUUUUACUCGCUCAAGGCCAUGGUUGUAAAGAAUUUGAAGGAACGUGCUGUUUAAAUCUUUCUGAUCACAGUGACAAUAUUCAUGCUCAAAUUCAGAAGCUUCACAAUCGCUUUAAUGAUAUCACUGUUGGUAAUAGUUGGUUAGAUAAAUGGCUCACUAACUGGGGAAUCUCUGGCUGGCUUUCAGACUUGGUUAAGCAAGGUAUUAUAAUCUUUCUAGUCAUUGUAUUACUCUUGUUAUUUCUCCCUUGUUUUCUACAAUUUCUACAAUCUAGGAUCUUGAAAAUGUUAAAGACAACAAACUCCUCUCUUGUCGUCGUUAAAAAAGAAGGGGGGAGUGUGGAGAAUAUUGCGAGAGAAUGGCUGUGUAACCGAGGACAUGAUUGUCAAGAGACCUUGCAGCUGCUGAAAAGCACUGAUGGGAAAAUGCGAGGGAGCAAAGCAAAACUAUCCUGGUAGAAGAUCAAAGGAAAGUUAAAGAAAGGACUGUCUCUUAUUAAGAAGAUGUUUCUGUCUGAGUGCUGACAUUUAUGGCCUAAGUGAUAUAUUGCAAGUCCUGUUCUCAAACCCUGUUUUUACUGAUAAGGUUUAACUGAAUAUUCUCUGUAU